GUUUACUGACAUUUCCUUCAAAUUUUUAUAUGCUUUUCUGUCUUGGCAUCAUCUCUCACUUUAAAGUACCUCUGCUCUUCCCUCUCACAUUUGCUCUACUCCCCAUAAGCAUCUUCACACAAACACACACAAAAACUCAGAAAACAGUGCAAAGACUCCUGUCUUUUACUCACAUUAAAUGGACACAAAAACUCCUCCACCUUCAUCUAAAAUCAAGAAUUCAAAUGAAGAAGAAGAAGAAGAAGAUUACAUAGAUAUGGAAGUUACUUCUUCUUCUUCUUGUUCUUCACCACAAAUAAGCAGAGAAUUUGAGUUCCAAAUGGCUUCUAUUUCCAUAAAUGACAAAGAGGCAGCAACAACAACAUUAACUUCACCAGCUGAUGAGCUUUUCUAUAGAGGCAAACUCCUACCUCUUCACCUUCCUCCAAGGUUAGAAAUGGUUCAAAAACUUUUUAAAAACUCAAAGAUUGAAUCUUUUCAACAACAAGAAGAAGAUGAUGAAACAUUUAGCAUUAGUACUAGAACCCCUUUUGAUUCUUGCAACAUUUCCUCAUCACAAAUGGUUGAAAAACUUCUUCAAACUUCAAAGAUUCAAUCUUUUCAAGAAAAAGAAGAAGAAAGAUUUAGCAUUAGUACCAAGAACUUGAUGAAUUCUAGGACCCCUUUUGAUUCUUGCAACAUAACCCCAUCACAAAUGGUUCAGAGACUUCUUCAAACAUCAAAGAUUCAAUCUUUUCAAGAAGAAGAGAGAUUUAACAUUAGUACCAAAAACUUGAUUAGUACUAAUACUAGCACCCCAUUUGAGUCUUGCAACAUUUCCCCAUCAGAGUCUUGUAGAGUGAGUUGUGAACUCAAUCCAGAUGAGUAUUUCUUUGAAUGGUCCACUGAAUUCAGCACUUUUUUCAAAGACAAUCAUCCAAAGAUGAAAUCUUGGUCCAAAAAGCUUAAGUUAGUGAAACAAUCUUUAAUAAGCCAAAAGCUAAAGUUUUCAACAUCAAAAGCAUAUCUCAAUCUCAAGUCUUUAUUCAACAAGUCUACUUGUUCACUAGAUCAUCAACAACAAGUUCCUAAAGAAUGUUCAAAUAAGUACAUAAAGGUAUGUAAAAGAACCCCUUUUGGUCAUAUUGGAAAAUGUACACAUUCACCAACAUUAGCAAGUAUGAUAAGAGACAAUGAAGGAGAAGGAGUUCAUGAAGAUAAUGUCAAUAGUACUCAUAGAAGGUCAUUUUCAGCAGCAAUCAAGAAACAUUCACCAACAAAAUGUUUAUCAUCUUCUUCAUCUAAUGGUUCAACUUCUUCAUCAUCAUCAUCAUCAUCUUUUUCAUUGAACUCUAAUGGAUUUUAUGAGUUGAAUUUUCUUAAGAGAAGUAGUAGUGUGACUACAGAGAUUGAAGGGUCAAUUGAAGCAGCAAUUGCUCAUUGUAAGAAGUCACAAGAGCUUUGUAAUCCAAAAAGGAAAUUGAUUGAAGCUGAAGGGGUUCAUUCAAUGUCUAUUUCCAAGAUUAAAGCCACUGAGAUUCAAGAAAGAUCAGAUCUUUGCAGAUUUUGAAUAAAGUUUUUUUUUU